GGCGCUUUCCCUCCAUGGGAUGUUUGCGCAGGAAGAGGAGGGUUCGGGGUUGGAGGGCGGCCUUGUCCCGGUAGGCAGGGGUACGGAGAGAGCAGGCACAGGGAGCCGGGCUGCAGGAAGGAGGGGAGAGCGCACAGGGCGGGGGGAGGCAGUUCCAGCCCCCGGAGGAAGAGGAGGGGGCAGCAGUGGGAGAGGAAGGGCCAGUGUGCGGGAGCAGCGCAUUCACACGGCAAGAGGAAUUGUUUGGCGGGGGGACGAGCCGCCUGGAUCCGCGGAUAGUUUCCUUCCAACACCCCCGCCCGGAGUUCACAUUGGCCGGACCCACUGCCGGAACUUCUCUUUCUCCUUGCGGGACCUGUGGAUCUACAAGUUACCUGGAGGGGGGUCCUGUUCAGCCUCCCCGGAUAUAUCUGUCUGUGGAAGCAGCAGCGGGGGGCAGUGGCCCCCUAACCAGCAUGUACAUGGGCACCCCCAUUGGCUGCCCACAGCUUCUCAGGGGGUAGGGAACUGGGGCUCAACUGUGCCUGGGGUGGCUCCUUGUAGCCACUACUCCUGCAGGAAGCCUUAUCUCAUAGAUCUGUAUAAUAUUAUUGGUAUCUGUCCCUGCAUACACACAACUCUAACCCUACAUACACACAUCCCUAGUGACAUACACCUAAAUAGUAAUAUCCCUACAUACACAUAGGGAGUUCAACUUUGUUUAUGGAAAGACUUAAAUAAGUUUCUGUCAUACACAUGCAGGGGCCCUAAAGUAUAUAGAGGCCCUAUACACAUCCCCCCCCCCCCCCUAAAUAGCCUAUUGGUGGAGGUCUGGCAAGGGGGCAUCACAUGGGACACCAACCCUUUGCUUCUGUUCUGGAGAUAAAAAAAGUGGCUAGUGGUAGCCCAGGAGGGGCUCUGCCCAGAAGAGGCUGAAGGAUAAACCUUUUUCUUACACUUGAAAUAAGCCAAGGAGUAUUGUACCCCACCGCAGAAAUGUCUCCCACCCAGGAGGAGUGCAUGAACAGCCGGCGGCAGACGCUGGAAGCCAUUCUGCGAGACCCCCGCUCCCCUAUUAAUGUUGAGGGCUUGCUGGAUGGGCUUAACUCAAUCGUCCUGGAUCUUGAUUUCCCUGCACUACGAAAGAACAAGAAUAUAGAUAACUUUUUAAAUAGAUAUGAAAAAAUUGUCAGGGAAGUCCGCAAGCUUCAGAUGAAAGCCGAGGACUAUGACGUUGUCAAAGUCAUUGGAAGAGGUGCCUUUGGGGAAGUCCAGUUGGUUCGACACAAAGGUUCUCAGAAGGUUUACGCUAUGAAACUCCUUAGUAAAUUUGAGAUGAUCAAACGAUCUGACUCUGCCUUUUUUUGGGAAGAAAGAGAUAUCAUGGCCUUUGCAAAUAGCCCUUGGGUAGUUCAGCUUUUUUGUGCCUUUCAAGAUGAGAAGCACCUGUAUAUGGUGAUGGAAUACAUGCCAGGGGGCGACCUGGUUAACCUGAUGAGUAAUUACGACGUGCCUGAGAAAUGGGCUAAGUUCUACACGGCGGAGGUUGUCCUGGCCCUCAAUGCCAUUCACUCCAUGGGUUUGAUACACAGGGAUGUGAAGCCUGACAACAUGCUCUUGGAUAAGUACGGGCACCUGAAACUGGCAGACUUUGGCACAUGUAUGAAGAUGGACCAAACAGGCAUGGUGCGCUGUGAUACCGCUGUUGGGACCCCAGACUACAUAUCUCCCGAAGUGCUGAAAUCUCAAGGAGGUGAUGGAUACUAUGGCAGGGAAUGUGACUGGUGGUCUGUGGGGGUCUUCCUGUUUGAGAUGCUAGUUGGGGAUACCCCAUUUUAUGCUGAUUCACUGGUUGGAACUUACAGUAAAAUUAUGGACCAUAAGAACUCGUUAAACUUCCCUGAAGAUGUGGAGAUCUCAGUGCAUGCCAAGAACCUCAUUUGUGCUUUCUUGACUGACAGGGAGGUCCGUCUCGGGAGGAACGGAAUCGAAGAUAUAAAGCAGCACCCUUUCUUCAAGAACGACCAGUGGAACUGGGACAACAUUCGUGAAACGGUUGCACCUGUUGUGCCCGAGUUGGCCAGUGACAUCGACACCAGUAACUUCGAUGACAUCGAAGAUGACAAGGGAGACGCGGAAACGUUUCCUAACCCGAAGGCCUUUGCAGGAAACCAACUGCCUUUUAUAGGUUUCACCUACUACCGUGAAAAUCUAUUACUAAGCGAGUCUUCCCGAAACUGUAAGGAGAAAAAUUCAUCUGCCCAACCAAUGAAAGAGCAGUCAGCGCACUUGCAAAAAGUCAUUAACAAGCUGGAAGAGCAGCUCCAUAAUGAGAUGCAAACCAAAGACGAACUGGAGCAAAAGUUCAGAGCUGUAAAUUUACGUUUGGAGAAGACAGUGAAGGAGCUGGAUGAAGAGGCCAAUGCUAGGAAGAGCAUAGAAUCGACCACCAGGCAGCUGGAGCGUGAGAAGGCUCUUCUGCAGCACAAGAGCACAGAGUACCAAAGAAAAGCAGAGAAUGAUGCCGACAGGAAGCGCAGCCUGGAAAAUGAAGUUAAUAGUUUAAAGGAUCAGCUUGAAGAUUUGAAAAGAAGAAACCAAAAUUCCCAAAUAUCAAAUGAGAAGAUGAAUCAGCUCCAAAGACAGCUGGAUGAAGCCAACGCACAGCUUCGCACAGAGUCUGAUGCAGCUGCCCGGCUGAGGAAGACUCAGACCGAGAUGUCCAAACAAAUACAGCAGCUAGAAACCAACAACCGUGAGCUUCAGGAUAAGACUUGCAUGUUGGAGAAUGCCAAGCUGAAACUAGAAAAGGACUUUAUUAACCUGCAGUCGGCUUUGGAGUCAGAACGGAGGGACCGGACUCAGGGGUCAGAAGUAAUAAGUGACCUUCAAGGACGAAUAUCUGUCUUGGAAGAGGAUCUAAAGAAAGGCAAAGAGCUGCUAGCAAGAGCAGAAGCAGAAAAGCAGCAAAUGCAUGAGGGGUUAGCCAUUUUGGAGAAGGAAAAGAGCAAUCUGGAAAUCGAUAUGACCUACAAACUAAAAGCACUACAGCAAAGCGUUGAGAAAGAGGAGGCUGAACAUAAAGCCACAAAAGCUCGGCUGGCUGACAAGAACAAAAUUUACCAGUCCAUUGAGGAGACCAAGUCAGAAGCAAUGAAAGACAUGGAGAAGAAGCUUCAUGAGGAGCGCCUGGUUAAGCAGAGGCUAGAGAACAGCUUGCUGGAGACAGAGAAACAAUACUCCAUGUUGGACUGUGACCUCAAACAAGCCAAGCAAAAGAUCAACGAGUUGGAAUCACUUAAAGACAAACUUAGCGAGGAUGUUAAAAACUUAACGCUCAAAGCAGAACAAGAGGCACAGAAGCGCAACCUGACGCAUAACGAUCUGAAGAUGCAGAUACAGCAAGUGAAUAGCCUGAAGAUGUCUGAGAAGCAACUGAAGCAAGAGAUCAACCAUCUGACUGAGAUAAAACUUAACCUGGAGAAACAGAACAACGAGUUGCGCAAAGAAAGAGUAGAUGCGGAUGGACAGAUGAAGGAGCUUCAAGACCAACUGGAGGCUGAGCAGUAUUUCUCAACGCUGUACAAGACGCAGGUGCGGGAGCUGAAAGAGGAGUGUGAAGACAAGAGCAAGAUGUGCAAAGAAGUGCAGCAGAAGGUCCAAGAGCUUCAGGAUGAGAGAGACUCCCUGGCGGCUCAACUGGAGAUCACAUUGACCAAGGCCGACUCCGAGCAGCUGGCCCGUUCCAUUGCCGAGGAACAGUAUUCCGACCUGGAGAAAGAGAAGAUCAUGAAGGAACUAGAGAUUAAGGAGAUGAUGGCACGGCACAAGCAGGAGCUGGCAGAAAAAUAUGCUACAAUUGCUUCUUUGGAAGAAGCUAACAAAACACUGACUAUCGAUGUAGGCAAUUUGGCUAAUGAGAAGGAAGACUUAAACAACAAACUGAAAGAAACCCAAGAACUAAUUCAGAAUCUGAAAGAGGAAGAAAGCAGCAUUAUUACCGUCAAGGCACAGUUUGAGAAGCAGCUGUUAACUGAGAGGACUUUGAAGACACAGGCUGUAAACAAGUUAGCCGAAAUCAUGAACCGCAAGUUACCCACGAAGCGAGGGCCGGACACAGAUGUACGAAGAAAGGAAAAGGAGAACCGCAAGCUGCAGUUGGACCUGAAAUCGGAGCGUGAGAAAUUCUCUCAGCUUGUCUUCAAAUACCAGAGGGAAGUGAAUGACAUGCAGGCGCUAAUAGCAGAUGAGAACCAAGCCCGAGUCGAACUGCAGAUGGCGCUAGAUAGCAAAGACAGUGACAUAGAGCAGCUCCGGUCGCAACUGCAGUCUAUGAACCUCGGCCUUGACAGCACAAGUAUCGGCAGUGGACACGGUGACACAGAUGCUGAUGAUGGCUUUCCAGAAUCCAGGCUGGAAGGAUGGUUGUCGCUUCCUUUGCGCAACGCCAAAAAGUUUGGUUGGAAUAAGAAGUACGUAGUGGUGAGCAGCAGGAAGAUCCUGUUUUAUGACAGUGAGCAGGAUAAGGAGCUGUCCAACCCUUCCAUGGUGCUGGAUAUUGAUAAGUUGUUCCAUGUGCGACCAGUUACUCAGACGGAUGUGUAUCGAGCCGAUGCCAAAGAAAUUCCACGGAUUUUCCAGAUUCUAUACGCCAAUGAAGGAGAAAGCAAGAAAGAACAAGAGUUCCAAGUGGACCCCUUAGAGAAAUCCAAUUACAUAUGUCAUAAAGGACAUGAGUUUAUCCCCACACUCUACCAUUUCCCCACCAGCUGUGAUGCUUGUAUGAAGCCCCUGUGGCACAUGUUCAAACCCCCUGCUGCCCUGGAGUGUCGGCGCUGCCAUAUCAAGUGCCACAAGGAUCAUAUGGACAAGAAAGAAGAGAUAAUAGCACCUUGCAAAGUGAACUAUGAUAUUUCCACCGCAAAGAAUCUACUAUUACUAGCCAACUCCACAGAAGAACAGCAGAAGUGGGUGAGUCGACUGGUGAAAAAGAUCCCCAAGAAGCCCCCUGCUUCUGACCAUCAAGCUCGGUCCUCCCCCCGGCCUCCUGCUAAGGCGUCGCUAAACCAGUCCAUGAGGCGGCCAAGCCGGCAGCUUCCUCCAAAUAAACCCAGAUUACUUGAUCUGGCAUUUAAAGACUGGGACUGGUCUCUUGAUGAUGUAGAGGAUGAUGAUGAGGAUGUUUUUGAUUUCUGAAGAACUGAAUUGGCUAACUGCCUUCCGUGAAUGCAGUCCCCAUUUCAAGACGUUCGUUUCUUCCAGUUUAAAUAAGACUGAAAGCCUUCAACAAUGUCCCAUAAUGUCUAUUAAAAAAACAAAAAAAACAACAAAAAAACAAAACUAUAUAUAUAUUUUUUUUUCCUAAGAAACUGUGCUAUAUAUAAAACAAAGGUUUACAAAAUUGUUGCUGCAAUAUAUAAAUUUAUAUAGAUAUAUAUAAAGAAUAAUCUAUGAUCUGACCAGGGGCUCGGCAUCCAGCCCCACGGCGGUCAGCUUUAUCACACUGGGAUAGUAUGUCAUCACUCCGGAGUCUGAUUGGUCAGCAGCAGAUAAAGCGAUCCCUUCCCUAUGCAUAGCAACAGCAGAUGUGCACCCCCAGUUUUGCUGCCCCACAAAAGUCACACUACGUUCAGCCUGAAGGACAAAGCCGCACGUUGCUACUGAUAGUUCCAUAGCAGCACUCCAUUAAACUCACCUGCAGAUGGAUGAACGGCCAAGCCGGAACUCCCCCUCUUUCAAUGACCGUUAUACUGUGUAUAUAUAUGUAUACUGUACUGUACACCCCAAGAGGCUUUGUGAGGAUGGCACAAUUUAUUUUUGUAUGUAACAACAGAUACAGUGAACUACUGCAGCUGCACCUAUGCACGCGUAUGAAGCCAUAGUGUUUAUUAGGAACCCCCCCCCUCUUUAUUUGUUAUUGUUUUAUAAGGGACAGAAAGGAGAAGGAAUUGCAAGUGCUGAGCAGCCUGACUCUGGUCUGGUAGAACCUGAAGCCUUUUUACUGCAAGGAACCCUAUCCAAAUGCCUUAAUUGAAGUCAGAUUUGGUUUUUGACCAUUCCAUCGCCGGCUACCAGCUGUCUGGGCGACGAGAGAGGGAAGGGGGGGGGAUAGUGCACUAUUUUUACACGUACUAAAAACAUACAAAUGCUAGCCUAUUUUUUUGAAUGUAUUUAAAAAAAAAAAAAAAAAAACAAAUUUUGUGGGUUUUGUUUUGAGAAAUGCUCGUUUGGCUGCAAACACAGGAUCAAGACAGAUCGGAGCUUCCAUUUUUUUUUUUUUUUUUUUUAAUUAAUACACCCUCAACUAUACCUCCCUUCUCCAGACCCCUCAGUAUUAGUCACCAUAGGAUAUAUAAGUGCUAUGGCCUCUUUUGGCCUUGAUAUGUUUUUAUUCUCUGAAACAAACAAAAAAAAAUCUGAUUUUUUUUUUUCUUUUUCCUUUUUAAAGUGCCCAUAGCACGCGCACACAAGGGCCGACCUGCCUUAUUCAUACUGUAGAUGUAUUUUAAUAUUUUGGGAACUGUUCUGUCACAGAGCUCUAGAUAUAGAAGGACAUUACAAAUAGAGUAUUUGCCAGUUGUGUAGCUGGAGAAAAAGGAAAUAUAAACCCAGUAAGAGUUAUCUUUCCAUGGAAAGGAAUGAUAUGGGCUCAUUCAUGCUGUACUUCUAAAUACCCCCCAAAGUGCAUGUUUUAUACAGAAACGGUAUGAUACAAUGUUAACCAUAUUGACAAUAAAAUAUGUAGCCUUCAGCCCGCCCCCUUGUUUCUAUACUGCGUUUUGAUUGGUCCUUUUUUCCCCCCCAUGCUGUUUGUGAAUGCUCACCGUUGCCUAGUAACAAAUAUAUCUGUAUCGCUGAAUAAAGUAACUUUUUAAUGUUUAAA